CGCCGGCCGCGUUGUCGCGAACGCGUCCGCGACAAGCGUCGAAAACGCGUCGGGCGCCGCGGCCGCGGCGCGCGACCGCUGCUGCGGCUGCUGAGGCGGUGGCCUCCUCGGCUUUGCAGCUGGUGCGGAGCCGAACGCUGCAAGCGCGUCGCUGUUCUGGCGCCAGGCGCGAUCGCUCAUUUUAAACUGCACGUCAGCUACCAACUGCACACGGUGGGCUUGCCCAAGGCUAUGAAAUGCCGGUCU